CCUAUGCGUCCUGCUCGUGCAUUUGAGCCAGUCACUCCUACCGAGAUUGGCGCAUGCCUAGCCGAAACCUCGAACACCUCAGCUCCUGGUUUUUCAGAGGCCACAUGGCGCCUCCUGAAGUGGGCUAUUCAGUCCCCGGUGGGCCACCACUUCAUUUCUUUCAUUGCUGCAUCCAUAUCUCUGGGGCAUUUGCCCCCUGUCUUGAAAAGGGCGGUGGUGGUACUUAUCCCUAAACCAUCGAAGCCUGACUACUCGCUCCCCAAAGCCUAUCGCCCGAUAGCGCUCAUGGAGACGCUGAGUAAACUCAUUGAGAAGGUCGUUGCCAAACGCCUUCUCUAU